CCCUGGAGUCCCCGCGGCGCGCGGCCAGCCCCGCUCCGGCCCGCCUCACGCCGUGCAGCCGGGCGCCCUAGCGAGCGCGGGCCCGGCGCCGGGCCCGGGCAGACGGCGGGGGGCGUCUCCGCGGAGACUCUCUCUGAGGUCCCUGAGCGGCGAGGGCGAGGAAGGCGAGGCUAAGUGGGGCCGAAAUCAUGAACCGGAGUUUUCAUAAGUCUCAGACCCUACGCUUCUACGACUGCAGCGCCGUGGAAGUCAAGAGCAAGUUUGGUGCCGAAUUCCGAAGGUUCUCCUUGGACCGCCACAAGCCUGGGAAGUUUGAAGAUUUCUACCAGCUGGUGGUGCACACCCACCACAUCUCUAACACCGAAGUGACCAUCGGCUAUGCCGAUGUGCAUGGGGACCUGCUGCCCAUCAACAAUGAUGACAACUUCUGCAAGGCGGUCUCAAGUGCAAACCCCUUGCUUCGAGUCUUCAUCCAGAAGCGAGAAGAGGCAGACCACUACAGCUUUGGAGCAGGCACUCUGUCAAGGAAGAAAAAGGUGCUGGUGACCCUGAGGGAUGAGGGCUUGCGUCGGCGCCCGCACCUCAACAUCAGCAUGCCGCAUGACUUUCGCCCGGUGUCAUCCAUCAUUGAUGUGGACAUCCUCCCUGAGACACAUCGCAGAGUGAGGCUCUACAGACAUGGUUGUGAGAAGCCCCUGGGCUUCUACAUCCGAGAUGGCACCAGUGUGCGCGUGACGCCCCAUGGGCUAGAAAAAGUACCGGGUAUCUUCAUUUCUCGAAUGGUGCCCGGGGGCCUCGCAGAGAGCACUGGGCUACUGGCUGUGAAUGAUGAGGUCCUGGAGGUGAAUGGGAUUGAGGUCGCUGGAAAGACCCUGGAUCAAGUCACAGACAUGAUGAUAGCCAACAGCCACAACCUCAUUGUCACUGUCAAGCCGGCCAACCAAAGGAACAAUGUGGUCCGCAGCAGCCGCACAUCCGGCAGCUCUGUCCAAUCCACAGACAGCACCAGCAGUCACCACAGCCUGCCAGGGGCCCACGUCCUGCAGAAUUCUGAGGAAAUGGACAGCGAUGAGGAAGCCGACAUUGUCAUUGAAGGGGCUCUAGAACCACAACACAUUCCUAAGACACAGGCUGUACCUCCGGGCAGCCUCUCAAGGGCCAAUGGCACCAGCCUUGCUCACAGGCUGCACAGAGGGGACAUGAGCCUGCAUAGCUCUGGGAGGGAGAGCAAUGGCAGCAUCCACAGAUUUCUCAGCUCUCUGAAACCAGACCCCCGACACAGCCUGGUCCUCCCCCAAGGAGGGGUGGAGGAACAUGGGCCAGCCAUUACACUCUAGGGCUCGAGCCCCUUGGGCAGGCUGGACUCCCAGACAGGACCGUGUGUUCCCAAGACCCACGGGCGGCAACUAUUAAAUAGCAUGUAGUACGGUUAGAUAGAUGCACAGUGACUCCGAAGGGAGAUGCUUUACAUUUUUAUGUCAAUUUUAAAAUAAGAAAAAUCAUUGUGUACUUCAUCUUUUCUUUUCUUCGUCAUCAUUCCUACAACCUUAUUCUUUAUUUAAACUUUUAAACAAGAAUACUAUUUUUAUAGGAUUUUUCCACAGAACUUAAAAUAUGCACAACUGCUAAUUACCUGGGCCAGGCCUCCGUGCAUGUCCAGAACCUGUGCAGAGUGAAACAAAACACAAAAGUGCAGAGAAUAUUUUUAACAUUUUUUUAAAUACUUGUUUUUAAAAUGAAGCUUUAUAGAUAACUUUUUAAAAAUAGUAAAAUUCAUGUUUUUAACCAGUUCAUGUAAAACUAUCUUGUGAUGCCUAAGUGUUCCACUGACCCAGUGUGGCUGUGAUAGGGAAAUAGAAGCCAAGGCUGGGCUCCAUCACAGAGUCUGUUUCCACAGUUUCCAACCAGCUCAGAAAGCCCUCUGGCCUAUACUCAAGACCCGCCGGGAUGACGGUGCUCUGCAUCUGUGGGGCUGCCCGAGCCAUGAGAGUCAGGCAGUCACUGCUGUCGGCUUCAAGUGGAUUUAGGCAGCCAGCAACUCUGCUGGCUAGGUGAGGCCAGUGGUAACGUGUGGGAUUAUAAACCGCCUGUUCCAUCCGCGCUUUCUCUGGGUUGGCUGACCAGGGCGGUGUUAAGGUGUCUUCAGUAGAAAUGAGCCUCGUACCUCUCGAGGCCCGCGGCAGUGGGGUGGGUGAGCCUCGUACCUCUCGAGGCCUGCAGCAGUGGAGUGAAUGUGCAUGUUACUUUUGCUUUUGAAAUAGCUAGUUAUUUUUAUAGGAGAAGAUUAGAGCAUGUCAAUGCCUGUUCCUAGAAUAGUGAUCAAUGGCAGGAAUUAUCUUAACUAGAACAAGUCACGUGGAACUUAAUGGUUUUGACACAUCACUUUUCUUUAACCUUCUUAGAGGUUUAUCAAUGUCUGACCCAAUUAAAUUUUAUAUGAAUUGUGCUUUCUGUUAGGGAAGACACAAACAGCGUUGGGAAAGAAUAUCAAGUUAAUUGAGAACAAACUAACCAAGUGAAUCCUUCAUGUAAAUAAAGGUUUAAAGCAGCUUCAGUCUUCCAGGCGCGCCCCAGCCUCUGCCCUGUGGACUAGCGCCACCUGCUGGUGAGAUGCAGAACUGUUCUAACUUCAUGAAUGCCAGAUGGAGAAUGCAUCUCAGCAUCGUGCUUUGUCCGAAUUCAUCCACUCGAAUCGUGUUUCCCUCUGGGGAGCUGUUUACUGGACAGAAGCGGCUUCGGAUGAGGAUUGUUUCCUUGGUCUGUGCCUGUCUCUCAGCUAUGUGCUGAGUAUCUUCAACACAAGGAGAGCAAGAUGCUCCGUGGGCCUCGGUGAGGAUCCAGGCGAGGAUCCAGGCACCCAGAUUCAUGGCUUCCAAAUUACUAAAAGCAACUGUUUUGUUUCCGUGUUGCUGCAGUGAUCUGGAAUGUGUUUUACUAAAACAAAUAUUACAGAACCAAAAAAACUGAUGCUCAGUUCCUACAAGACUUGUUCUCAGCUAUACUGUCACUUGGGAUAUCAGUUUAUUAAAAAAUAAUAAUAAUAAUGUAAGUGAAGAGGUCCGACCAUUGUGAGCUGUUGCCUGUGAGGAAUUACAUGUGUUUAGCAGAUGCCUUAGAGUAUUUUUCUAAACAGAACUCUACUCCUACCAUUUUAUUUCUUCUUUCAAAAAAAUCUGUCAUUAUAUAUUAAAUUUUUUGUUUUAUAUAUCAGAAUAAAAAAGUUUUUUGA